AUGAGGAGUUCCUCCUCCCUCACCUCUCCUCCCCCCUCCCCUCACCCUGCCCCUCUUCCCCUCCUGUCCUCCACCACUCUGACUGGUUGUCCUGAGCUUGACCUGUCUGUCACACUCAGCCCCACCAAGACUGACCACUCACAGCUGAAGCCCCGCCCCCAAAGACAGACAGGGAGAAAAAGAGAUACACAGGUGUGUUUUGAAGAGCCUGUGGUCGUCAUGGAUACACCAGAACCACAUAUCACACUGAGAAGAGAUGGCCCACCUCAGCAGCCAAUCAAAGGUCAGAGGAGGAGCAGAGGAUGUCACCAUGCCCCGAGACAGUGGGUGGAGUCUCCUGGUGCAGCGUCCAAUCAAGAUCCGGGCUGUCUGGAGAGGGCGGAGCUAAACACCACUCUGGCUCUGAAGGUGGAGCUUCAGUCAUUGCAGGGUGCAGGGUUUAACUCCCAGAAGGCUGUUCAGGACAUUCUGAGGACGUCAGAGAGGACCAAGAACCUGAUCAACACCAGAGCUACUGAAGUAGUGAAUGUCUCUCGCUCUCAGCUCCUCUUCACAUCACUGGUCAGUGUUGAUGUGCAGAAGGAUCAGCUGAUCAGCCAGAUGCUGCAGGAUAGGAUGGUGCUGCCCAUGCGCCCCCGCUGCAAUGACAACAGGACAGCAGAGGGCCCCUCCCUCCUCCUCUUCAUGUCAUCUGACCUGCUAAGACAGAAGCCCCUCCCACCACAGGAGGAACCUGUCAACUACAGGCUCUGCCCAUCACCACGGCCGGCCCAUUUGACCUUUGACCUCUACAGACAACAGAGGCGAUGGGAGACCAUGCCCUGACUGUGACUGGCAGGAGGUACUGAGAAUCUUAUUGGAUACUGUGAUGCCCAGUGAAUAAUAAUUAAAUAAUUUGUUUUUUAAAUGAUCUAAAACCUUAGUUUUUAUUCUUCUUCUUCUUGUUUUUUGUGCAAUAAAGUCUUUUCAAACACUGUCA